UUACACAGUAAAUGUGUCUUGUUCGUCCCUCCCACAGAGGCGGAGCUGCCGGAUGCAUCGAGAGAAAAUGUCAACAACAUGCCGGAGACUACCAGAGAAAGAGAAACUGACGAGGCACAGACGGACAGACAACAAAGAGAUCCAGGGAGCCAGUCGUCUGUUAACAUCGUGUCAUUAAUAUCUCAGUUCGCAGAUGAUAAUUUAACACUUGUGCGGAACAUAAGCACCGGACUGGCAGUUGCUGGUGUUAUUGUCAUAGCAAGGAGUAUCAGACUGAUCACCAAAUUUCAAGCUGCGUCUGAGAUCCCUGCUCGUUUUAUUGAGAGGAACGUCAGUCUACGUGGGAAGGUUCAUUCAAUCACAGAGAGAGGACUCGAAGUGGAACAUGUCCCAAUUUAUCUGCCAGUCCUCUCUCCGUUACUGUCGAAACACAAAGGUGUGUGCACGCCCCCGAUGCUGGUGCAUCUUGCAGGAGUGGAGUUGACUCCAGAGGGCAGGGUAUGGCUGCAGAAGAACCUGGCUCCUGCCCAAACAGUCUGGCUAAAGCUUAUCAGCCGAGAGGACAACAUGCUACACUGUUUGGUGUCUCAAAGCAGGCAAGGGUCGAUGUGGAGCUACUGUAUGAACAAAGAGGUCCUCAAGCUCGGUCUGGCUCGCACCGCUCCCCUGGUCGGGGUCCUGCAAGACUCUCGCCUCUACUGGCGUCUCCACAAACGGCUGCACAGGGCAGAGGUCAAGGCUGAGAGGAGGGGGCGGGGACUGUGGAAGCAGGACAGCCUAUGGGAGAGAGCCUCCAAGACUGUCUGGGACAACGCUUUAUUCAGACUGAUGAGGAGGAUCUUUAAGAGGACUGGUGACUGAUCUUUACUAGACAUAAUUGUUUAAUAUGUGACAGCACACAAUCUGUUUUGUUUAUUCUGUUUACCUGUUAUUGCCAAUUGAUAUAUUGACACAAAGGGAGUUUAAACGGUUAGGAAAAGUGCCAUCCAUCACUGAUCUGUCAUGUAUGACAGAUAUAUGCUUAUCAAUGCUUUGAAAACAGUUCAAUUUCCCUGAUAUUACAAAAAAACUUGAAUUUUUACUUUAAAUUCCUCAUUACACCUGUUGCAAAGGUUUGUGUUUUAGUUUUACUGUAUUUCACAGAAGUUUGAAAUGUUUAAAAAACUCAAUCCCUGA